CCGCUCUUGCCCGCGCUCUUUCCGGGAGAGUUUGUUUUGCCUUUGUUUAGAUGGUUUUGUUUUUGAAAUCAAUAACGACUUAAAAACUAUCAGACGUGUGAUUUGAGAGAGAAUGAGAGUAGACUUUAGACGACUGAUUAACGUAGCUUUCUUUUAACUCGCUCUCUUCUUAAAACUUUCGUAAAUAGUUCGUGAAGGUGGGAAGUUUUCGAGGCCGCGUAGGGAGGCACGUAACAUAGCGUGUUCUCAGGUUUCUCGGGGAGCAUUCGUGAUGCAACCUUUGCUGUUAACUUUUAACUGUUAAAAACGCACAAGAAUGGUUCAAACACGGAGAAAAGAUGAUUCAUCUUUCUCAACCACACACUCUCUACGUCGGAGCACGAGGGAAACUAGAGGCGAGAGGGUUUUGAGGUUUGAAGACACAGAAAAAGAAGACGAUGAUGAAUAUGUGGCUCCCUCCAUGACAUCCUGGUCACUGAGAGCAAGGCAACACCCCAAGAGAAGUCGCCGCUCCAGCAUUAAAUACAAUAGUUCCCUGUCUCGUUCAUUACGGUCGGAAUCUGAAGAGGAAUCUCGGUCUGAUGAUUCAAUAUUUCAAUCAAGGAGGUCAAGACCAUCACGCUCAAGGCGUGCGCCAAGGAGACAUGCUGAUCAUGCAGAGACAAGCACUGACCACAUCGACAUGGGAAUGGAGGAAGAAUUAGUUCACCAAGAAGAUAGUGGUAUAAGACGUAGUUCAAGGCAGCGAAACCCUCCGACAAGCUGGCUUGUUGGGGAUGAUACUGUCAGAGGCUAUCCUAGUUACAAUCGCAAUGCAAAAGUUGCCACAUCUGAGCCAGGGAACUCACUUCGAAGUAGCAGAAGUCGUGAUUGUCCGAAUCCUAAUCUUCCAGAAACUGAAACAACACCACAAGCAGGUCCUAACCUCCGUUGGCAACGAUCUUCUGUAAAGCCAGAACCCAAAGCCGAAGAAGAUGAUGCAGAGGAGGAGGAGGAGGAGGAGGAGACAAGAAGCACUAAGGAUGGUGGGCAAGUUAAAAAAGAUAAGGAAUCAAGUCCCAAAGUGACUGAUAAAAAUAAGGAAGAUAUGGAAAAUCAGGAAAAUGGUGAAGUAUCAACAGCUGAAGAAGAGGAUGUUCCUAAGGAUAUUCCUCCCAGGACAAGGACCCGUGGUGGUGGCAAAGCAUCUCAUUUAGAUGAAAACUUUCCCGAUAUGUACUCCCGGGUGAAGAGAGCCCGUCGCCAAACAAAAAGGAAGUUUUCAUCUAGAGAUGGAACAAUGUCUCAAUCUCAGAGUUCCUCUGGGAGUGAUGACUCAGAUUCUGACCAGGAUCAAUCCACACGGAGAAGUUCCCUUCGACAGAGCACUCGUCAAAGUUAUCAGCUUAGGAAAAACAAGCCGACUGUUGAUCGAUUUCAAGCCCAUCAUGAACCAGUUCGUCGUCCACCAAGGUCUAUCCAAAGGGCCUUGUGUAAUUCUCUUCUACGCAACUUUGGACAUAGGACAAAGAGUCGGUUUGCCCCUGACAGUUCUUCAUCUAGUAGUGAUGAACAAGCCCGAUUUGACCACAAGAAACCCCAUUCUAGGCAUGUGCCACAUCAUACCAAGGAUGGUGUGCAGAUGGGAGUUCCACAUUCGAAAGAUGCAAAGAUUGGGAAUUUGGCUGAUAUAACACCUAUGGCGCUUGAUCCCAGUAUUCUUUUCAAAAAUGUUGGAGGUCUUGCCGAGCACAUUCAUUGCUUACAAGAAAUGGUUGUAUUUCCUAUGUUGUAUAAAGAGGUUUUUGAAAAAUUUCAUAUAACACCCCCAAAGGGAGUUCUCUUCCAUGGACCUCCUGGUACUGGUAAAACUUUAAUUGCGAGAGCAUUAGCAAAUGAAUGUAGCCAAGGUGAUAGAAAAGUAUCAUUUUUCAUGCGGAAAGGUGCAGACUGCUUGAGUAAAUGGUUUGGAGAGUCUGAACGGCAACUUCGGUUGUUGUUUGAACAAGCAUAUCAAAAGAAACCAUCAAUCAUUUUCUUUGAUGAAAUUGAUGGCUUAGCACCUGUCAGAUCAUCUAAACAAGAUCAAAUCCAUGCAUCUAUUGUAUCUACACUUUUGGCACUUAUGGAUGGACUAGAUAACCGCGGGGAUGUCAUUGUUAUUGGCGCCACCAACAGAAUAGAUGCUAUCGAUCCAGCUCUUCGCCGGCCUGGUCGCUUUGACCGAGAAUUGUACUUUCCCCUCCCUGCUUGCAAAGAGAGACAAGAAAUUCUUCAAAUCCAUGUAAGCAAGUGGGAAAACAAGCCAAAUGCUAGUGUUCUUAGUGAGCUAGCUGAGCAAUCAUCAGGUUAUUGUGGUUCUGAUCUAAGAGCUCUUUGUUCUGAAUCAGUAAUCCAGGCAUUACGCCGUACUUUUCCUCAAAUUUACAAAUCAAAUAAACGCUUAGUGUUAGACUCCAACAAAGUUCAGGUUGCCUGUGAAGAUUUUGUUCUUGCACGCUCCAGCAUAAUCCCAGCUGCCCACCGAGUCACACCUAGUCCUGCCCACCGUCUCCCAACCAUGAUAGAACCACUUCUUUCCUCUGCAUUAGAAAAUGUGAUCAAGCAACUGACAGAAAUCUUUCCUCAUGGACUUUCAAGAGAUAAGAAUGUAAUGCACUCAGUUCAUCGCCCCCGUCUCUUAAUAGUCGGGGAAAAUGCAGGACAAGCUCAAACUACUCACUUAGCACCAGCACUACUCUAUCACAUGGAGCAUAUACCAGUCUUUACCUUGGAUAUGGGUACCAUGUAUGAAGUCAGUGCCCGCUCACCUGAGGAGACAGUUUCCCAGGUUUUCCAAGAAGCUCGCCGUAAUCCACCAUCUGUAAUUUAUCUUCCUGGAAUGGGUCAAUGGUGGGAUUCUGUGCCACAUACUGUUCAAUCAGUUUUUCUUAUGCAGCUUCAGAAACUUGAUAUGAACAGCCCUGUAUUUCUAUUGGCUACUUCAGAUAUCAAAUAUGCAGAUUUGCCUUCUGAGCUGUGUGAAAUCUUCAGCAGAUACAGAGAUGAGAUAUUUACCAUGAGUAAUCCUACCUCUUCAGAACGUUCAAGUUUUUUCAGUCCCCUUCUCCUUCAAAAGACCGUUGUUCCUCCUAGUCCUCCUAAACCCACUGAAGACACGUGGGAAGAGCUUCCUGAAGCCCCUCCACCAGAACCUACCAAAUUAACAGAGGAAGAACUGCAAAAGUUGUAUGCAAAGGAAGAACACACAUUAAGAGAGUUACGAAUUUUCUUAAGAGAAGUUUGUGCUAAGCUUGCACGUAACAGACUGUUCUUUUUGUUUACAAAACCUGUGGAUGUGGAAGAGGCUCCAGACUAUUAUGAUAUCAUUGAGAAGCCUAUGGAUUUGGAAACUAUGAUGACUCGAAUUGAUCAGCAUCAUUACACUUGUGCGAAAGAAUUUUUGGAUGAUAUAGAUCUCAUUUGUAGUAAUGCAUUAGAGUAUAAUCCAAAUCGUGACCAAGCAGACAAGCUCAUUCGACAUAGAGCUUGCUUCCUUAGGGACACUGCUUAUGCCCUAAUAAAAGCUGAAAUGGACACUGAUUUUGAAGAUAAAUGUAGGACAAUCGCAGAUGACCGUAAAAAGCGCAAAGAUAGUCCUUCGAGAUAUGCACCUGCACCACACUUCAUCCAUACAGCAUCUUCAGUCAAUGUCAAAGGACAAACUACUAAUGGAAGCAAAGAUGGAACAGUUCGUGUCAAUGGUGACUUGUCAAGUCAUUCAUCUGUUGCUUCAAAUAAUGGAGUAACAACCCAAGCUAUGUCUGGGCGCAAGAAACGGCCAAGCAGCUGGUCUCGGGGCUUUAUCAGUAAACGUAAGAAGAAGAAGUUGUCAGAAGACGUAUCUAUUGAAAAGCAUGAGGUUAGUGAAUCAGAAAAUCCUGCCUCUGUGAGUGGAGCAGCCUCACUUGCAUCACCAAGUGAUACACUGACAAAACAAGGGAGUGACAUCACAGAGCCUUUAGAGAAAAGCAUAGAUGAUAAGAGCAAGUUAUCUGUAAAUGGUAGUCUUGAAAAUACACCUUCAGAUGUAGAAAUGAAUGAGGAAGUUCCAGAAUCUAAACGUUCAGAAAGCACCCUUUCAGAGGAAGCCAGGGCAGAAUCAGAGCAUACUGAUUCAGUCAAGCCCAGACGUACAUCAGAUGGCAUCAAAGCCAAUGAGCCACCUUCAACAUCAACAGUUAUUCAUGAAGAAGUUUUAAUAAAUAGGCCGGAGUUGGAGAAACUUCUUAAAGAAAUAGUUUCAGAAACUGAAGAUUGUCAUGUGGAAACCUUAACUGAACUAUUUAUCCGAAUGGAAAAAAAGAUCCUUAAUUUCAAAGAUAAAUGGGAUCGUACCUCUUUACAUCAGGAUCUAAGAGAAGAACUCGCACGCUUCCAAAGAUUUACAAGGUGUUGAGCUUAAUAUUGCAUAUACAGCCAAAUCACUGCCAUUUAACUUCAUUAAUCAUACAAUCAUAUUCAUGACUUGAAAUUUUGUGAGCUGAGGUAGGGUCGGUUUUUCAUGUUAAAGUUCCUAGGUUGGUUUAAUUUUGACUAUUCCAAACCUAUGUUAAAGUAUAUGCUGCCUCAAUUUGUCAUUUGUAUGAACAGAAUGUGCUACCUUAGUCGAAUGAAUUGUGUUUUCCAAUUUUUCACUAGUGAAAGUUCAGUUUGUGUUGCUCAGUUAACCUUUCAAUUAAUUAAAACGUUUACAUCCUACUGACUUAAUAUUUUAAGUGUUUGACUGAAACAUGAGUCAUGGUUAUCAGUAACUGAUCAGCUGUGUACAAGCCAGCUGUGUUACAAUGUAAAAGCUUUAAGACUAAUGACUGUUCACGCCAGUCUGAAGUAUCCUUAAAUGUCGUUUAGCAUUUAUAAUCGUUUAUUGGAGGUAAGCCAAAUUACCUACAUUUCUACCUUGCUCUUGAAGUGUGCCCUUGUUACACAAACUGCCAGAUCAAUGACUCUUUGGGCUCUCCUCUAGUGGGAUGCACUAGUCUCUGGUAACUUCCUCACUCUUAUUGGGAGACAUUUAAUCUGGCCAUGAUUCGUUAUGAAAAGAUGCAUCUUAACAUAUGUACGUAUUAAAAUGUGUUUUAUUUUUUUUAAGUCCAGUUUAAAUUGAAAGUAGAACUCUUUGUUUUUGAGUAUCUAUGACCCUUCUUAAGCUAAAACAUAAGUUAAAUCAGAACUGUUACCUUUGCUAUUUAAUCUAUCUUCAUCAACUUGCUUGUACUUUAAUUCAAUAAGAAGAUUGAUACAGUAUCUCCAUAAAUGUAAAAAGUCUAAACUAUUGUCUAAAUUUGUAUUUGCUAAGAAAUUGUUUUGCCAUUCUUUCUAAUACUUCAAUUUUUAUCAACUGAUUUCUUUUCUCUUUUCUUUCUGUUUUUCAAAUAGUGUUCAUGUUAUUUACAGCUGAAGCUAAAAUUAUAUACUGUGUAGGAAGUAUUGGAACCAACAAAUAUUGAUGCGUACAUAAUACCUGUAGCUUAAUAUUGUUUUUUGCCUUAGUCCAUGUGUGUAAGAAUAUUCAUAUGGUGCUUUUGUUUGAACUGGUUUGUUGGGUUCUAAUGGGAGAUUCAGUAGCUGGAAGAAUAGAUUUAAAUUGAUGUGGUAAAAUUGGUUGCAGUGAUAUCUUUUGCAAUAUCUUUAAUUCAACCCGCAUUUGAUUACUACCGCUAUUUCUAUCAUCUUGAUACAUGUGAGAUUUGUCUUUUGUUUGCAUGAAUUACAUUUUAAUGUCCCUUUAAAGCACUGUAUCUUUCAAAACAAGUUAUUUUCAACUAUAAAAAUUGCCUUAAAGUCCAUUUUUAAAUCUGUGAUAUUAGUAAACUUUACUCUCUUAAGAUCACUUGCCCUCUUAAGUAGACAGUGAAGCGUCUGUUCCCUAAUCUAAGGUUUUUAUAUUGGUCCCUCAUUCACUUGGCCUCUUAAAUACCACAUGUGUUCUUUUUCAAAUUAUUUUUGAUGUUUUUAAAAUCACAUUCUUUGCUCUUGGAUGCCAUCUGCUACCUAUGGUUAUAUGCAUUGUUGUGAACUGAAUUAGGUUAUUUUUACUGUAAUAUAGUAAAUUUUCGUUUUUUGGAAGAGGGGGUUGGUCUAAUAUGUUUUGCUCAGACUUUUGGGGUCCACAUACUUAUGCACUGGUCCCUGAAAAAUAUGGUCUAAAACACAUUCUUCCUAGUCUGUCUUAAACAAAGAUGUGUCUAGGUCUAGGUUGGUCAAGGAUCGUUUUUGACUGGCAUGAUUAAUUCUGAUUUGAGAACUUUAUUAAUGGACAUCUCAAAGUGUUGUCAUAUUCCCUGUAAUCUAAUUUCAGGAUUGCACAAAAAAUUGCUUAUACCUCCUUAAUCUAAGGUUUGAAAUAAAUUUAAAAAAAUAGUUGCAA